AAAAAUCCCCGCGCAGCAGCGGGCAGCGCGUGACCAGCUCCGGGAGCAGCAGCGAGCAGCUCACGCAACUUUUUGUUUUUUCACUCCGUCUCUAGGCAACAUGUGGGCGCGAGCGGUGGUGUGCGCGGCCCUGCUGUCCGCGCUCUGUCCGGCAGGGAGGACGGCAGCCGAGAGGGAAGAGAGGGACGUUCAGGACUAUCACUACGCGAACUCCAACAGACUGGUGAGCGGAACGAUUCUCUCUUUUAUCGAAGAAACGAGACAAAAAGGACAAAUAAUGAUCAAUAUCCUGUUCAGACUUGAUAAACUGUUUAAAAACUCUCCGUAAAUUUAAUACCCGAGGUUCACAAUCAAGUCUUUGAUCAAAAUACUGAGGAAAAUAAUCUAUUUUUAUAACAUUAUAACUUUAGUUAACAGGAAUAAAAACAUUAGAGCUGCAUAUAUGUGACAAAUCAGACUGUUGGAUAGUAAAAUAAUCGGUAAAUUAAACAAAUUCAUGAGUUAAAUUCUGAAAUCAAACUAUUUAGCUUAUUUUAAACUUUAUCAGUUUACUAACAUUUUUUUUGUAUUCAUUGCCACGUCACUGGUUAUCGAUAUUAUCCGAUAUAUUCUGGCCAAUUAUUAUAAAGUUAAUGGCUGAUUCAAUGUUACGCAAGACCAAAAUAUUACUGUUUUUCUGUGUGAAUAUGAAAAACAGUAACGAUUGUUUGAUAACUGCCUCAGUGAUAAUUAGCAAACUAAAGAUAUAUUAAUGUAAAUUAAAUUAUUUUUUUUCGUCUGAAAUGUCUCACACUUUUCAGUCCCUGAAUGACUGCAUUAUUAUUAUUAUUAUUGUUAGUCUGUGUGGUUAUUAUUUUUCCUUUAAAGUCUAUAGUCUCCUAAAUAAUCAUAUUUAUUCAUUCCACCACAAAAACAUCCUAUUGGAUUAAACUCAACCAGGAAAUCUAUUUCAAAUUAAAUAAUGAAUGGAGAAAACUGUCAGCUGAUAAAAUAGUACAUAUAAUUUGUAUUCUCUAAGCUUUAAUACAUUAAACAACCAAACUGCUCAAACCUCUAGAUAAGCCCGGUAAGGUCUUCAAAAACGCAAAGUCCUGUACCAUCUUAAAACCCUGAACAUUUCUCUGAAAAGGCAGACCUCUGUAUUUCACUGACUGUGUGUGUGUGUGUGUGCUCAGCUGGGCGCUCUGCACGAAGUGCUGGAGAGGCUGCAGACGAAGAGGAUAAGUCCCUGGGAGAAGAAGUACGGACAGGUUCCCUCUGUGAGUAGAACAGCUGAGAGGAGUGAGUUAAAACAACCGACCAAUGAAAUCAAUAAAAUGAACAAUAAAAACACAAAUCUAUACGACUGUAGUUUAUGCUUCACGUUAAAGUAAAAAAAUGGACCAAAACCAAGGACUCUGGAGUGGGAAUCACCGCAUGGGCUCAGUCCACCUUAAACGGACCUGAGUGCGUUUAAGGUGGACUGAGGGAAGAGCAAUAAUCGGUUAUGAGGUCUGAUGGAUCCAAAUCUGACACUCUUUUGGAAACGAAGAGCUGGAAAUCAUAGAUGCUGCAUCCUCAGUUUUAAACAACAUCUCCAUGUUUUUCUGAUAUCAGCCUGGUUGUAUAAGUACUCUGAAUGUGUAUAAUUACUGCGUAUUUGUGGUCUCUCUCUGUCCGCAGUGUGACCUCGGCGAACACUGCGCGGUCAGGAAAGGAUCUCGAAUCGGGAAAAUGUGCGACUGCCCUCGAGGAGCUUUUUGCAACUUCUUCCUGCUGAAGUGCUUAUGAGCCAGAAGACAGCGAGAGUUUAUUUUAACAUGUAUAUUUUCCACAUAUGAAGAAUAAAUCUAUAUAAAUCAAUCUAUGAUGAUGUAAAUGAGGCUGAGGAGGGGAGGUCAAUCGUUUGGUCGAGCUGUAGGUGUCAGAUUAAAGGUUUUCCUCUGGACUCCUGUGUGUUUGACUGUUUUUAUUUGAGCUGAUUUAUAAAGUUUGGAUCCGCAGAGAUUCUUCAACAUCAA